AUGUGUAGUAACAAUUGUAUUUUACCUUUUAUGCCAAUUCAAACUAGAAUUAUUGAUUUGGUGGCAGAAGAUGUAGAAAAAGAUGUAUUUUCAUUUCAAGAUUUGAAUAAGGGUGAUAUGACAAAGAAAGAGCAUUACAUGAUUUCAAAACUGAGAUCUAUCAGUAAUCUAGAUUCCUCUAUCUUGGAGUACUCUUUGGUUUCCAAGGAAUGGUUUCAAUAUAUCUCAAAGGAAUGUGCAAUCAACUUUAAUACACCUGAUUUUAAAUCCGAUUGUUAUGGUGAGAGGUUGGUGGAGCCAGAGGUAUCGGCAGUCGAAUUCAUACAUUUAAAUACACCUGUGCUCUCAAGAAUACCAAACAAUAUCGAUUAUUGCUCGGAAAUAGAGAAAUGGGGUGUCACUUCCAUCAACUUUAAAUACGACCUUCCAGAUGAAUAUCAAGUCGAACACAUAUCCUACGAAAGACUGUUCAAAAUAGGAUCACUCAAGUUUAUCUCUAUAGUUAGAUGUGACUAUGUCGAUCUAGACGAACUCAAAUACAUUGUGAACAACGAUCGUAUCGUUAGCUUCAAAGCUGCCAUACAGUAUGGUGGAUUAAGUUUGGAAAACUCAGAGAACACAUCAUUCUCUUAUUCAUGUGACUAUUGCGAUCUAUGUCAAAGCUAUACACACUCAAAGAAUAUAGUUAUGAAAAAUAACAAAAUGAGCGAUUGGAGUGAAUUCUGCCACCUACUGUCGAGCAACAAGAAAAUUAAAGCUAGUAAGAUCUACAAUUGGCACAAUAAAACGACAGUCGAUGCAAUUGAAAAGAUAUUCAAAAGCUCAUUAACAUCUCACCAAACAUUGACCAGCAUUCGAAAAGAUGAUAGUUGUAGAAUUUUAUAUAUUAAGAGGAAGAACCAUUAA